GCGGCGACGCUGGGUGUGUGGGCGCAGAUGGCGGCGGCGCACGGCGCCUGAGCGGGCCGGGGCCAUGAGCGCCGCCCGGCCCCAGUUCAGCAUUGAUGAUGCCUUCGAGCUGUCCCUGGAGGACGCGGGCCCUGGGCCCGAGUCCAGCGGGGUCGCGCGCUUUGGGCCGCUGCACUUCGAGCGUCGGGCCCGGUUCGAGGUGGCUGACGAGGACAAGCAGUCCCGGCUGCGCUACCAGAACCUGGAGAACGAUGAGGAUGGAGCCCAGGCCUCUCCGGAGCCAGAUGGGGGAGUCGGCAUCAGGGAUUCCGGCCGAACUUCCAUCCGCAGCUCCCAGUGGUCCUUUAGCACCAUCAGCAGUGGCACCCAGCGCUCCUACAACACCUGCUGCAGCUGGACCCAACACCCUUUGAUCCAGAAGAACCGCCGAGUGGUGCUGGCCUCCUUCCUGCUCCUGCUGCUGGGGCUGGGGCCUGCUCAGUGCCUUGCUCUGGAAACAGAGCUUGGUGAGCUUCCUGGGGAGGGUCUCUGCCUAGGGCACCUUCAGCUCAGGUGGUGGGAGGCAUCAUUCCUUAGGGCUGAGCCGGGCUGGGGGUGGGAGCCCCCGCCCUCACCACUGCUCCUGCCCCCACCCCCGCGGCUCCGUCUGUGUGCAGUGCUGAUCCUGGUCGGCGUGGGACUGGAGGCGACCCCCUCUCCAGGUGUCUCCAGCGCCAUCUUCUUCGUGCCGGGCUUCCUGUUGUUGGUGCCUGGAGUCUAUCACGUGAUCUUCAUCUACUGCGCGGUCAAGGGCCACCGGGGCUUCCAGUUCUUCUACCUGCCCUACUUCGAGAAGUGACCGCGGCGCAGCGUGGACUCCUUGCGUCCACGGGGGCGCCCUCGGACCCGCGCCCUGUUCCGUUCCCCUCAUCUCAAGGGAAGAGGCCUUCCAGGACCCUCGAAACGCCAGCCCCUAGGGAGUUUGCUCAGGAAGUUUGGGGCAUGCAGGCCUGGCCCUGGGAAAGCCGCCCCUCGCCUGCUCUGUGCCUUAACUUAUUCUCGGGCCGUGCGGCUGCUAGGUUGCUGUUAUUUUGUGCUAAUAAAAGAGUAAUUAAUUCCA